CCUCGCAAACGGAGGGCGCCCUUACUCCCAGCAAAUGGGUGAUAGAAAAGCGAUCGGUGCCUGUACCAUUCCCAAUAUGCGCUGGCUGACAUCGGGGCAGCAUGAGUACGAACAUUUUUUUUUUUUUUGCCGAUGCCCGUGAUGCCGCCCCCACCAAGAUACCGCCCGUGUCGCCCGUAUCAAAAACCGCUACUGGCUGAUGUGGUGCUUUUCGCUCCUCUGUCGCCCCGGUCAAGGUCUCGCCCCGGAAGUGGUAUUGAUGUUGGCGGAACAGAAGCUAAGCUAACAGGCUAACGGAGCAAACAUCGGAAGAUGAGAGCGUAAAAGAUGGCUGUCGGUUUCAGCCUGACGACGACGGCGAUGCGGCGUCUCGCUGAGGAAGAUGUCUGUCUUCUGGAGGUCAAAUGUUUGAGGACAAACAGAGGGAUGGACAGGCAGCCGCAGACAGGACAUCCCACUGACACACAAGAAGAGGAUGGCAUACCUGUCUCAGGUGGGCGGAUGAUGGGAGAGAGAGCGGUCACCGUCGAGACUAGCGAUGAUGAACUGGGACGACUGGAUAUUGACCUGGACAGGAAGUCCAAACAGCUGAAUCUGACAUCCAGCAACGUGCGCGCCAUCCUGCACGAGGUGAUCACUGAUGAGCGUGUGGUUGCCAUGAUGAAAGCGGCAAUCAGAGACACUCAGGACCUCCCCAUGUUUGAGCCAAAGAUCUGGACUCGGUCCAGACUCAAACAGAGCCUUCAGCCUGUGAACCGGGGUCUGUCUGCAGUGAACAAGGCCCCUCAGUUUAUUGACAUUGAACUUGAGGAUAAUGAAGAUUCAUCUGAUGAAGAGUAUUGUCCUGAUGAAGAAGAGGAGGAAGAUACAACUGAGGAGACAUUCCUCAGUGAUGCUGACAGCUUGGCUUCACCUCCCAGAAUGCACCUGGACUCCCAGAACAAGUCUCCAACACACCUGAGGAUGGACAGCUCCCUGCAGAGAUAUGAAGGAAACCUGCACGACCAGAUGAGUUCCACCUGCGCGCCUCAGCUCCUCCCUCCUCCUGAAUCGUCCUUCCUGGAGAGACUCAAGGCUGUUGAUGAGGAGUUGGACUGCAGCCCCUCCUACACCUACAGUCAGUCUCUGGACAGGAAAUCUGAUGUUGAUGGUGGCGUUGAUAAUGGCUCCAGCAGUUUGGCGCGCCGCACACGCUCCAAGCAUCCUCUGGUAGACAUACCUCUGGGUCAGCUGGAGGCGGAGCUUCUGCCUCCUGACAUAACUGCCGACAUGUACGAUGAAAGCACUGCCCAGCGGGAGGAGGACCGUCAUUGGGCAAAGUGGCUGCAGGGCCUAAUGGCCCCCGACUUUGAAGAAGAGGCCGAAGAUGACGAUGACCCCGAGUACAACUUCCCAGAGGACCUGGAUGAACCCGACCUGGAGGACUACAGGACGGACCGGGCUGUGCAGAUCACCAAGAAGGAAGUAAAUGAGCUGCUAGAAGAACUCUUUGAAACUCUCCAGGAAGAAGAAGAGGUGGUGGCUGAGGAGGAGGAGCAUGAGGAAGAGGAGCCCCCGUCACAGACUGGCCCUAAGUUCAACGUGCCACAGGCUUUACGCUUUGAGGCACCGUUAGCCAACAUGCUAACAGAGCGGCGGCAGACGGUCAGAAAGCAGUACGAAGCUCAGCAGCAGCGGAGAGCCUUGCAGGACACGACCAAUCACCUCUCCUCAACUCUGAAUGACACGCCCACCCAUCCUCACAAUACCAUUGCUUCUGUCUUAGUGCUGCCACGUCGCAUUGGCCCCUCCCUCCAACUGGACCACACCCAGAAACUGCAGCUACAGCAGCAGCUGCAGCAGCAUGUGCAACUGCUGACGCAGGUUCACCUGCUGAGUCGCCACAUUGCUGCCCUGAAUCAUGAAGCCUCCAUCACCAAACGCUACCUGGAGGAGCUGCAGCACUUCGCCCGCCAUCAGGAGCAAGGCUGCGCCUUCAGCUGUUUCAGGGCAUGUAACCUGCAGGGUGCACUGGACCUCCUGCACGAGGUGGAGCAGAGGGACGAGCCUCCACCUGCUCCUCCCACUCGAGCCUCCAGACGCUGGCUCCCCCAGAUGACCGCUGCAACCAACAGUCUUGCCUUCCCUCUGCUGGCUGCCGACACCGCCUGGCUGUUCGCCACACGACCCGUGUUCCUAUACCCAGAACUACUUCCUGUCUGCAGCCUAGACCCCGCCCUCCACAGCAGGAACCUGAGAACAUUAUACACGCCAGGAGAGGAUUGUCUCAUCGUUCUCGGCCUGAAACACUUCGAGGGAGCAUUUCAGUCCGACGAGCUUAUCAGUUCAUACCUGCUCUGUAAGAGUCGAUGGAACUUCAGGAAGCACGUCAGAGAGAUGAGCAGCCCAAGAGCACCUGACAAUGUCAUCAAGACAUUUGUGACGAAGGGCGUCGUCCCGCCGCUGCCCCUCGCCUGCAGCAGAGUCCAGCAGGAGGACCAGCGCCCCCCGGUGGACAGAGAUGGUGAAAACAUGCCAAACUGGCUGAAGAACAGUCGCCCAAGCAUCCAGAAGACCUGCUCAGAUGCCCGUUACCCCUCCUGGCUUCCUCCAGGCUGCACUCUCAGGCUCCACCCCAAUUAUAUCAACAGGUACCGCCCCCGGCCCCGCCCCCACAGGCGCGUCUUCGCACUGGCUCAUAAUGAAUCUCUGCUGCCACUCGCCAAAGCACAGGAAGAUCCGCCGGUGGAGCCACACGGAGAGAAACAGGUGGACAUGCGCUUUUUACCUGUUUCAGGUGUCACGUUAUUUUCUGCCCCCACUGCUGUGUCAGGAGCCCACAAUACACCACAAACCGUGUCUGCACUGGAGAGCCCCACCCCCUCGACACUUCUACUGCCCAUUCCCUCUCUCACAAGUCCUAACACUACAAACACACUGAAGCCGGGCUGCCUCCUCCUCCAGAUGGUGUGGACUCCCCCAGCUCCCCCCACCUCCCCCCAAAAUGUUUUGGAGCAUCACAUCCACGGGCCAAUCAGUGGGCAGCAGGAAGAGGUCUUUUCUAAGCAGGAAAAGCUAAAGCAGGAAGAGGAGGAGAGCAUGGUCUUGGUGUCAACACUCAGCCUGACGUCAUGUACAGGAGAGGUGGGAGAAGAGGAGAGGCGGGAGGAGCAGAGACAGGAACAGGAGGAAAAGGAAAUUGUUGUUGGUGUCAGUUUGAAUGGAGGAGAAAACAAUGGUCAGGAGCAGGAGCAGUGGGGACGGGGAGGAGAGGGGGGGGAAGGAGGUGAAGCAGGUGAGAAUGAGCAGGGUGGAGAGGAAGAGGAAGGGAGACAGAGGGAGGAGAGGAGUGGAGCGAGAGACAACGGUGGAGAGAAGGAUAAGGACGAAGAUCAGGACCGGCAUGGAGAUGAUGAUGAUGAUGAGGACUUUGAUGACCUCACACAGGAUGAAGAUGAGGAAGAAGUGAUGUCAUCAGCAUCAGAGGAGUCUGUUCUGUCGGUUCCAGAGUUACAGGAGACAAUGAAGCAGCUGACGUGGCUUGCGGCGGAGCAGCGGCUCUGUACAGAUGGCGACUCAGAGGAGGAGCACUCUCCCACCUCUCCAGGGUCGCAGGAGGAGGAAGAGGAAGAGGAGGAGGGGCCAAAAGGAGAGGACUCAGGGGAGGGGCGGAGCAAAAAAGCAGGUUUAGACGAGGAGACGCCGUCCAGAGAGCGGACGCCCGGAGGAGUAGGGGGGCGAUGUCCCGGACGAGGACGAGGCCGAAGCCAACCUCAUCGUGGCCUCAGGAGGAGCCGUCAGGAGCGCCACAGCAAAGAUGGCGCCAAACUGCUGCUGCUGUAUGACGAAAACAUCCUGGACAACGACCCGCACAGAGAGAGCAAAGACAUGGCGUUCGCACAGAGUUACCUCAGCAGGGUGCGUGAGGCACUGCAUGAUGUACCUGAGCAGGUGGAGGAGUUUGUGUCUCUGCUGAGUGAGUUUGAGCAGGUGGGAGAUGGACAGGAAGUGAUGCAGCUGUUCAGGAAACUGCGCUGUAUCCUGGGAAACCGGACAGACCUCCUCCAAGACUUCGCCGCUUUCCUGCAUCCUGACCAGGCGCUGCUGUGUGGACUGUUCGACGAGCAGCAGGCGUUUGAGCGCAGCCGCCGUUUCCUUCGACAGCUGGAGAUCAGCUUUGGAGACAAUCCGUCGCAUUACCAGAAGAUCAUCAAAGCUCUGCAGAUAGGCCAGGACCUUAGUCCCACCAGCCUCCACGAGCUCAAAGCUCAGAUGUCUAUGCUGCUCAAAGGCCACACCCAUUUACAAGCUGAAUUCUGGGUGUUUUUUGACGAGCUCCGCCCACCUCCAGCACAUCCUGGACAGUUUGAAGAAACCCAUUGGCCAGAAGAUGGAGGCGGCGGGUUGGAAGGUGGAGAGGGCGUCAGCCAAAAUUCAGGAGGCGGGGCCAGUGGCGGGUUUGAGGAGGUGACGUUGCCAGAACUAGAAGAGGAAGAGGAGGGACAUAAGAUCCAACCAAUGACAAACCGGCGUCAAAGAAGGAAGAUGGACUCUCACAGAAACUACAAGGGCUGUGAUUGGUCCGAUAAAGACUGGGCCUGCCCUUGUCGUGAUUCAAAGAUCCAGAAACACAAGAGGAAAGGAUGCACCCGCUGCCAUGGCAAUAAGACCUCAGGGGGCGUGUCCAGGGCCAUGAAGAGUCUGGACCCACUCUACUCUCAGAUAAGUGCUACCCAUGAUGAACCAGCUAACAAAGACCUGGACCUGAAGGGGGGCGACGACAGUCCCCUGCCAGAUCGGUGUGAUGCAUCAUGGGAAGGCUCGUUUCCACUGGCUGAUACAAAAGAGGAGGAAGAGGAGGAGGAGGGCGAGGAAGAAGAGGAGGAGAGGAAAAAGGAACAGAGCCCAGCAGCGAAGAGGAGCAGGAGAGAGGAGACACUGCAACCGCUACCUGUGACCCUCUCCAUCACCUCUACCUGCACCUCCACAAUCUCUACUUCCUCCUCUGUAGCUCCGCCUGCCACUACAGCUUCCUCCACGUCUGCAGCCUUCUGCACUCCUCCUCGGUUAGCUCCUCUUCCUCCUGACCUCCCUGUCUGUGCCAAAAACAUUUCUCUGACUGCAAGCGGGGAGAAAGUGAUCCUGUGGACAAGAGAAGCAGACCGGGUCAUCUUGAAGACAUGUCAGCAAGAAGGAGCCAAUCAGAACACAUUUCAGGCCAUUUCUAGCCUGCUCGGCAACAAGACUCCCAGCGAGGUGUCCCGCAGGUUUCGGGAUUUGAUGCAUUUGUUUCGGACAGCAGCACGUCAGACCAGCUCAGAGGAUGAAGCCCCGCCCAUUGAGACAGAAGCAGCCAAUGAAACGGAAGACUGAUAUUAACCAGUCAGAAGAUCUUAUCCAAUGAAAACGCGUCUUUUAUUAAAAAUAAAAGAAAGCAAACACUGAUGUGUUUACUGUCCAUAAAAAAUCUGUAAAUAUUAACGUUCAGAAGAUUUAAUAUUAUGUUGUCUUUUGGUUUUUUAAGUCAAUAAAGAAGUUUUCCAUGUU